AACGUAACAAAAAAGAAUUAACCACCACAAGAAAAACAACUAAGCGACCUACGGAAGAAACUACCUCACCGAAUCUCAAUUCGCAUUCCAAAUCUUUCCUUUCCUUCUCUUCUCAUCGUGCCCUAAUCCCUAAAAUCACAGAUCCCGAUAAACGCUUUUCUUCCCCUUUCUCAGGAAAAUUCUCCCUAAUUUUCUCGAGAUAGUUUUCAUCGUCGAACAGAAAAAAAAAAAAUCAACAGAGAAUUAUGAGCUUCCAGGACAUCGAAGCUGGCCGGCCGUUCGGUUCUAGACGUGGAACGAUCAACGGGAAACAAGACCCGACGCAAGCGGUUGCCGCCGGGAUCUUUCAGAUCAACACCGCCGUUUCGACGUUUCAGAGACUCGUCAAUACCCUUGGAACACCCAAAGAUACCCCUGAGCUCCGUGAAAAACUUCACAAGACAAGACAGCAUAUUGGGCAGUUGGUGAAGGAUACAUCAGCCAAGCUUAAACAAGCUAGUGACAUUGAUCACCAUGCCAACGUUAAUGCAAGCAAGAAGAUAGCAGAUGCUAAACUUGCGAAAGAUUUUCAAGCAGUGUUGAAAGAGUUUCAGAAGGCGCAACGUCUUUCAGCUGAGAGAGAAACAGCUUACACUCCUUUUGUUCCACAAGCAGUUCUUCCUUCAAGCUAUACAGCUAGUGAAGUGAAUGUCGGUUCUGAUAAGACACCAGAACAGCGUGCCCUUCUCGUAGAAUCCAGGAGGCAGGAGGUUUUGUUCUUAGAUAAUGAGAUUGCCUUCAAUGAGGCAAUCAUUGAGGAAAGGGAGCAAGGCAUUCAAGAAAUACAGCAGCAAAUUGGUGAAGUUAAUGAAAUUUUCAAAGAUCUCGCUGUGCUUGUCCAUGAGCAAGGAACCAUGAUUGAUGAUAUUGGUUCCAACAUUGAGAACUCCCAUGCAGCAACCGCACAAGCAAGAUCUCAACUUGCAAAAGCUUCAAAAACACAAAGAUCAAAUUCGUCUUUGGCAUGCUUACUUUUGGUGAUAUUCGGGAUUGUGCUUCUCAUUGUGAUCAUAGUUCUUGCUGCCUAGUCAAAGAUUCUAUUAAUUCCAUCAUGGUGCUAAUGCAUAUAUACAAAGAGCAGCAGAUAGAAUCUCCCUUGCUGAUGAUGUCACUUAAGUGGUGUUUUACGGGUUUCAAUUGACUGGAGUUUGACGCAGCUGAUUUCAGAGCAUGAUGUGGGAAUUCCCUUCAGUAUAUUGUGAUUUUGUUGUGGGGUGUUAUGUUCUCUCUUAUGUUGAUGUUUGGGGUUUUAAGGAUGUGUCAAAUUCUGCCGUAAGUUCUCUUGUUUCUUUAAUAUAAAGAAUAUAUUAAUUCUUUGAUUUUCCUUUACUUGUAAAUGCAACACCGAAAUUGGCAGUGCUGACUCUUCAGCAAGACAUUGAUUUAUGAUGAUCUGUUUUCUUUUAUAGUGGUAA